AUGUUUACAAUGAAUCUGCUUUCAACUCCUUCCCCUGAAAGACUUUCCUCGCAGGAUAACUGGCCUCAAAUUCCUUCUGUGGAGUGCAAAAUGGAUAAAGACACUUUUUCUAGCUCACAAUUUGAAUUCGAUGGUGCUGUUUUUGGUAUUUCACUCGAAGAAUCCUUGAAAGUUGCCCAGGAAGAAGUGUUAGUCCAAGAAAAUACAAAGCAAACUGGCUUGAUACCAGUUGUAGUAGCGAGAAGUGGAGAAUAUCUAAAAGAGAAUGCAAUGAAUACAACAGGGCUUUUUCGUAUUUCCGGCAGUAAUAAACGUCUCAAAGAACUUCAAAGCAUAUUUUCUAAGCCUCCAGAUUUUGGCAACAAGUUCGAAGGAUGGAGUGACUUCAAUUUCCAUGAUAUUGCAACUUUAUUAAAAAGAUAUUUGAACUCACUAAGUGAACCUUUAGUUCCCUUAGCAUUAUACGACAUUUUCAGGAACCCAAUACUGGAAACUCCAGAUACUGAGGAGUACAAAGAAAAAGUCAUCAAGAAUUACGAAGACAUAUACAUGCUCUUACCACAGGCUAACAGGCAUUUGAUACUUUAUUUGAUCGGGUUGUUUAAUUUGCUUGCAAGAAACGAAAAGGAAAAUUUGAUGCCUGCAAGCAAUUUAGCCGCCAUUGUGCAGCCCUCAAUUUUAUCUCAUCCGAAACAUGAAAUGGAUCCAAAGGAGUAUGAGGUUUCCAGAAUGGUAAUCGAAUUCCUAAUAUUGCACGCUCCCGACAUAAUACCAAAUACAGAAAAUUUUAAAAAAGAUAUCAGGCCGCAUGCGGUAACGAUGGCGAAGUUUAACGGCAUUACCGUUCCUGAAAUGGCUAUUGACUCUGAUGAAGAAGAUUUCCUACAAGCUUCAAUAGAUGAUCACAUGCUGCCGAGAUCACGUGCGCAUUCGGACUUCAACAAUUUUACCCUAGAUUAUCAUGCGCUAUCUGCUAGCCCCAUUGGUCUUGGCAAGAGUACACUUUCUGUGCCAAGGUCGUUCAAGGGAAGAACCCUAAGUGCUGGGUCCCUUUCGCCCAAACUCAAUAAAUUGCUUGGCGGUGUUGGAAACAGUAGCAGUAGUGAGGAAAAGAAGCUCAUGGAAAGAGUCCCUAGAAGCGAGCAUAAAGGUAAACAUAAACAGCACAGGCAGUCGUGGUUAAGAAGACUCACUAGCCCUUCUAGAACAGUCCCUUAG